CAAAAUUUGUGUUCAAUUAUUUUAUGUGUAGUUAUUGUUUAUUUUAGUUUAUUUUAAAAAUAAAAUUUCAGAUCUGCAUUUAAAAAGUAAUAAUUGCAGAAUAAUAACAAGCAAUGAAUGGGUUUGAUGAUGAACAUUUAGAUCGUCACAUUGAUGCUACAUUAGAUUUGGGCGGAAAACUUUAUCGUUUGGCUAAAGGGUGUUACUUAAUAGGCAAAAACUCAGUAGAUUUUGUUACCAAGGAUGAGUCUUUGGACGGAAAACAUGCAUUAAUAAAUAUUAUAGAUUCUCGACAUCAAAUCAUAGAUCUGCAAUCUAAGAGGGGAACAUAUGUUGAUAAUGAAAAAAUUGAUCGCUGUUAUUUGAUAAAUAACAAAGUUUCUACAAUUCGGUUCGGCAAUCUUAAUGCCAAGUACACUGUGUUAAAUCAGUCUGACAGUGGAUUUAUGGACAAUAAAUCUACAACACCAGACAAAGACAAUUUUGAUAUGGUCGCAGGUAGUCCACAACAAAAUAGAUAUUUGAAAACUCGCAUCAACAAUCAACGCUUCGGUUCAACCAGUACUUCAACCCCCAACCACGAUAUUAAACUAUCAGAGUCUAAAAUUUUGAAAAAUAAAGAUAGUUCUCGUUCGAGCAAUGUAAGUAAUAGUACGGUUAAUCACAGUUUUUUUGUACCAGAGACUCAACAUUUUGAUGAGACAAGGCAACAAAGCAGAAAUAAUAUUUUUGAUUCUGAAAUCGCCGAAAAUGUGAAACAAUUUAUAAACGAUAGGUCUUUAGACGAUGAAUAUUAUAUACCAGAGACACAAGAAAUAUUUUUACUUUCAAAAAAAGAAAAAACAAAUGAAAUUCUUAAUAUUAGCACUCAAGAUUUUGGCGAGAAUGAUGUUAUCUCAAAUAAUGAUUUUUCUCAAAACUUAUGUCCUUUGCUUAGAAAUACAAGAAAAAAUUCUUCAACGUUUAGUGAAGAUGUUACAAAAGUUGUAAAUGGCCUCAAAAUAAAUAGAAACUCGAACGAUAAUGAAAACACACUUCAAGUGGAGUGGAAUGAAACCCAAUUUGAUAAUCGUAGCGGCGCCACUACUCCCGAUAUAGAUUUUGAAGGUGUAUCUGAAGAAAAACAACCGAAUAAUAACAUUUUAGUAGAUCAAAGUAAUAAAACAUCAUUGUGCAACGAAAAUUCUGACAACAGUUCGCAAAGAAUUCAUACAGAAAAACAACAGAUAAAAAAUACACAAUUAAGCAAUUCAAGCAGAAAAGAAGUUUUCAAUGAUUUUAUGGACGAUGAUGAUUUGCUGGUCCCAACCCAACCAUUCGUUCUUAAUAAUAUCAAAAAUUUAUCUUCGAAGAACUACGUUUCACCAAAAUUCGAUGAAAAAUUUGAUUUAAUGGAAGAUACAGCCGUAUUUAAACAUCCUGGUUUUAAUGAAAAAAUUUUUAAUAAUUCAUCAAUACGUAAGGUAGCAGUUAUGUCUAAGGAAAAUAAUUUAAUAAAAUUGGAUAAAAAUAAGGAUAAUGUGCUAAAUAAAGAGAACACAAACAUUAAUGAAAUUAAUACAAAAGUUCAAGUAUCGAAUAUCGACGAGGAAGACGAAGAAAUUGCCUGCACCCAAGUUUUUAUUCCACCUAACAAACAAAAUCAAUACACAGGAAUUGUGAAAAAGCAAUCAGUGAUUCCUCCUUUAAACUUGGAUAAAAACGAAGAUUUGGAAUCCACUCAAGCUUUUGUUCAUCCAAGUUUACAAAAAUCUAGUUUGCCUUCAUCAACACUUUCUUCGAAUUUGUCCGAAAACACAACAAAUAAAAAGCGAAAAGGGAACCUAAACAGCAAAAUUGAACAGCCAAUACAAAAGAAAAAAUUUCCAGCUAUUGUAAGUAUUUCUACCGAAAAUUUUAAAGCUCGUGACAAAGAUUCCCCUGUUAGGCCAGUUACAAAUGAAGACGCAGAUUUUAUGAUGGAUAUUUGUACACCGGCAAUAGAUUUGAUAAAAUUUGCACCCAAGGAAAAUGGCUAUAUAAAAGUUAUGGAGAAAAUAAAAAAGCCCAUUAAUAGAAUUUUUGGAGAAGAAACUGAAGAUGAAGACGAUGAGCCUCUAAUAUGUCUAAAAGAAAAUAAAGUUAAGGAAAAGGAGGUUAACGGACUUAGAAUGGAUAUAGGAAAAGAAGAAGAGAAUGAGGAUGAAACAGAAUCUGAUGAAACUCCAGAGUUUCUACGGCCAAUUAUAUCAGUUGAAGAAAUAAAAAAAUUAGGGAUAUCAAAUUUUGUUUCGAAAAAUAAAAAAAAAUUUAUAAUGGAAGAGACAGACACUUCGUAUUCGGCGUUUACUGAUUUUGAAGACGACCGAAAAGUGAAGACUAAUGAAAAAGAAAAAUGUUUUUUAAAAAAGAAAUCAAAGAAACUUAACAAUAACAAACAAAAACCGGAAUCUACUAAACCUAAAGAAACUUCGCAAAAAAGAGGGGAAAAAAAAUCAGUUAAAUUAAAUGUGGAAAUGACAAAUGUUAAAAAUAACAAACGUGUUAAAAAAACGGGAACAAGUUCCGAUGAAAACAUAAUGACCAGUUCAUCUUCUAAAGCUAAAAGAAAAACUUCUUCAAAGUCUGAGAGCAUUAAUGACGGGGAUAGUGAAUGGGAAAGUCGAUGUUUUACAAGUUCAGAAGCUGGUAGCACAUUGACUACUAGAAGUACAAAGAGCAAUGCAUCUUCAAGAGCAUUAAGAAAAAGGAAAACUACGUUAACGUUUACUAAAGUUAAUGAAGAUGAGUAUGUUGAAACUGUGAGAAACAUAGGUUAUGCGAUUGUUAGCAACCCUGAAGAGGCCUCAAUUAUAAUCACGAAUAAUGAUAUUAGUCGAACAUCGAAAUUUUUGAUAGGUUUAGCAAAAGGAAUACCAAUAAUUUCUGUAGAUUGGUUAAAGGCAAUACAGGAAAAGAAUUUUUCUUACGUGCAUUAUGAUAAUUAUUAUGUUAAAGAUAAGAAGACGGAAAAAAAGUACAAUUUUAUUCUCAGACAAACCCUUAAUUUAGUGUCAACCGCAAGUCAAAAACUUUUUAAUGGCUACAACUUCAUAAUAACCAAAAAUACUAAUCCUCCUAAAUCCGAAAUGGAGAAAAUUAUUCGUUGCGCAGGGGGUACAAUUAUAAAUCAAACCAAGGCUUCUAAACUAAUCUAUGCGGUAUCAGAUAAAAAAGACUCGAGUUUAUGGCCAACGUUAAGAUCAAAUUAUGAUAAUUUAAUAAUAAUAAAAACCGAGGGAGUUUUACUAUCGAUAAUGCAACAUAGAAAUCGUUUAGACGACCAUAAGUUUUAAAAUUAUGUUCCCUUACAUAAAUUAAUUAUAUUGCAUUUUUUAUAGUGUUUGUAAUUUGUACCAGUCCUUUUGUUUUGUUUUUUCAAAUCAAGUUAAUCAAAAGUUAUUUUUCGUUCAUUGUGAAAGAAUAAAUUCUUGUAUAUUCAUUUAAUUUUACCUGAAUCUUUAAUUCAAUGAAACUAAAAUAAAUAAUUUUUUAUUUUCGUUCGUAAAGUUAA